GAAGGGGGAAGCGCGGAGGCUGCCUGACUAGAAUGAGGGUAGCUCCGGCAACAGAGGCGGCGGGAGCGGGGCCGGCCAUGGCGGUGUGGACACGGGCCACUAAAGCGGGGCUGGUGGAGCUGCUCCUGAGAGAGCGCUGGGUCCGAGUGGUGGCCGAGCUGAGCGGGGAGUGUCUGAGCUUGACGGGCGACGCCGCGGCGGCCGAGUCGGAGCCCACUCUGGGGCCGGCGGCGGCCGCCUUCAACGGCCUCCCGAACGGCGGCGGCGCCGGCGACUCGCUACCUGGGAGCCCGAGCCGCGGCCUGGGGCCCCCGAGCCCUCCUGCGCCGCCUCGGGGCCCCACGGGAGAGGCGGGCGCGUCGCCGCCAGUGCGCCGGGUGCGGGUGGUGAAGCAAGAGGCGGGCGGCCUGGGCAUCAGCAUCAAGGGCGGCCGCGAGAACCGGAUGCCGAUUCUCAUCUCCAAGAUCUUCCCGGGACUGGCGGCCGACCAGAGCCGGGCGCUGCAGCUGGGCGACGCCAUCCUGUCGGUGAAUGGCACGGACCUGCGCCAGGCCACCCACGACCAGGCCGUGCAGGCGCUGAAGCGCGCGGGCAAGGAGGUGCUGCUCGAGGUAAAAUUCAUCCGAGAAGUAACACCAUAUAUCAAGAAGCCAUCCUUAGUAUCAGAUCUGCCAUGGGAGGGUGCAGCUCCCCAGUCACCAAGCUUUAGUGGCAGUGAGGACUCUGGUUCUCCGAAACACCAGAACAGCACCAAGGACAGGAAGGUCAUCCCUCUCAAAAUGUGCUUUGCUGCUAGAAACCUAAGCAUGCCGGAUCUGGAAAACAGAUUGAUAGAGCUACAUUCUCCUGAUAGCAGGAACACGUUGAUCCUCCGCUGCAAGGAUACAGCCACAGCACACUCCUGGUUCAUAGCUAUCCACACCAACAUAAUGGCUCUCCUCCCACAGGUGUUGGCUGAGCUUAAUGCCAUGCUUGGUGCAACCAGUACUGCAGGAGGCAGCAAGGAAGUCAAGCACAUUGCGUGGCUGGCAGAACAGGCAAAGCUAGAUGGUGGGAGACAACAAUGGAGACCUGUCCUCAUGGCUGUGACUGAGAAGGACUUGCUGCUUUAUGAUUGCAUGCCAUGGACAAGAGAUGCCUGGGCAUCUCCAUGCCAUAGCUACCCUCUUGUUGCUACAAGGUUGGUUCAUUCUGGCUCUGGAUGUCGAUCACCUUCCCUUGGAUCUGACCUUACAUUUGCCACCAGGACAGGCUCUCGGCAGGGCAUUGAGAUGCAUCUCUUCAGGGUGGAGACACAUCGGGAUCUUUCCACUUGGACCAGGAUACUGGUACAGGGUUGCCAUGCUGCUGCUGAACUGAUCAAGGAAAUCUCUUUAGGCUGCACAUUAAAUGGCCAAGAGGUAAGAUUCACUGUCCACUAUGAAAAUGGGUUCACUAUAUCAAGGGAAAAUGGAGGCUCCAGCACCAUAUUAUACCGCUACCCAUUUGAACGUCUGAAAAUGUCUGCUGAUGAUGGCAUCAGAAAUCUCUAUUUGGAUUUUGGUGGUCCUGAGGGAGAACUGACGGUGGACCUGCACUCUUGUCCAAAGCCGAUUGUUUUUGUGUUGCACACUUUCUUGUCGGCCAAAGUCACUCGCAUGGGACUGCUUGUAUGAGCAGCCAAAAGUCAGAAAAGAACCCUGACUGUCACAAGAAAUAUUUCCACC